CGAAAGGAGCAUCUGCAGGAAGAUCCUCUCUUUCCUGCGAUCAGCAGCAUCUUCCUCUGGACCUGCUGAGCCUCAGCUCUGAUCAGCCCUCUUGAGCCAUGAACGUCUCCUGCUGCCUGCUCUCUGCUCAGCCAACACUGCCCAACAGCUCAGAGCACCCUGUAGCCCCAUCCUUGGCCAACCAGAGCAGCAGCGGGUUCUGUGAGCAGGUCUUCAUCAAGCCCGAGGUCUUCCUGGUGCUGGGCAUCGUCAGCCUGCUGGAAAACAUCCUGGUCAUCCUGGCCGUGGUACGCAACGACAACCUGCACUCGCCCAUGUACUUCUUCCUCUGCAGCCUGGCCGCGGCUGACAUGCUGGUGAGCGUGUCCAACGCCCUGGAGACCAUCAUGAUCGCCAUUGUCAACAGCGACUACCUGGCCUUCGAGGACAAGUUCAUCCAGCACAUGGACAAUGUCUUCGACUCCAUGAUCUGCAUCUCCCUGGUGGCCUCCAUCUGCAACCUGUUGGCCAUCGCCAUUGACAGGUAUGUCACCAUCUUCUACGCCCUGCGCUACCACAGCAUCAUGACGGUGAGGAAGGCCCUCGGCUCGAUCGCGGCCAUCUGGGUCUGCUGCAGCGUCUGCGGCGUGGUGUUCAUCAUCUACUCGGAGAGCAAGAUGGUCAUCGUGUGCCUCAUCACCAUGUUCUUUGCCAUGCUGCUGCUCAUGGGCACGCUGUACGUGCACAUGUUCCUGUUUGCCCGGCGGCAUGUCAAGCGCAUCGCCGCCCUGCCGCCCGCCGACGGGGUGGCCCCGCCGCAGCACUCAUGCAUGAAGGGGGCCGUCACCAUCAGCAUCCUGCUGGGGGUGUUCAUCUUCUGCUGGGCCCCCUUCUUCCUCCACCUUGUGCUCAUCAUCACCUGCCCCACCAACCCCUACUGCGUCUGCUACACUGCCCACUUCAACACUUACCUGGUUCUCAUCAUGGGCAACUCCGUCAUUGACCCCCUCAUCUACGCCUUCCGGAGCCUGGAGCUACGCAACACCUUUAAGGAGAUCCUGUGCAGCUGCCACGGCAUGAACUUGGGCUAG